AUGUGGCCCCCACUGUCACACUCAUUGACUAUAAAUGACACUAUAACUGACAUCACAUUAGAAAACAUGGGGACUCCACAAACUCUCCCCGAGCUGCCAAGCGCAACGCAAGCCUCAACCAACUUUUGCAUGUACUACAUCGAAGAUGGAGCCGCCGGCAGAAAUCAAACGAAAUCCCUGACAACAUGUUGCUCGCCGAAUCCCGUCAAAACCGAAUCCCAAAAUGCCCAGUGGUGCGAGAUUCCUGAUCGAUUUUUCAAAAGCCUGCCUGAGCCAGGUACACUCGAUCUUGAGGCGAGUCGCUGGCUACAGGGUAAUUUCACUCUGUGCCAGCAAAGGGACAAUCCGGAUACGGGCGUCGGGACAAAUUACUGUAAUCUGCCCAAAUACAAUCCUAAUCUGAAUGCGGCUGCUUCAUUUCAAGGGCAGCAGCAGCUAUUUGCUUUAUGUUUGGUCCUUUGGCUUUGGGUCUUUUGUCGUUGA